AUAGAAGACACUCUCAAAGUAAGUUUGUUUGAUGCUGCAGUGAUAGGGAAUAGGUAGAAAAUGCGUGAGAUACACCAACUAAGGGAUGUUCAAUCCUGGAUGGAUAGUGGAAUGAAACUAUCUACCGCUUGUAAUGAAACAGCUAAACUAUACGAUGCAGCAGUAUCGCAACUCGCGGGCUGGUACGAUAACAAACAGUUAGAUGGGCUUGAAUCCACUCUAAAGAAAAUGAUGGAGGCUGACCCACAAUUCAUUGCUGGACGAUCACUCAAACAUAGUCUUGAAGUCAUUGGAGGAUCAAACAUAAAGAACAAUCCUACCCUAGAAAAAAAUAUCGAACGACUCGCUUCAGAUGUUGAAUCGAAUUCUAACACUUGCGGUGAAUGGGAAAAGCUUCAUGUGAAAGCUUUGCAAUUUUCAUCGAUGGGUAAUGCUGAAGCUGCUGUCAGACAAUGGGAAGAAAUUUUGAUAGAAUAUCCGUCAGACAUUUUGAGCUUACAUUUGGCUGGAAUGACGUGUCUUAUAAAUGGUACAAUGGAAAAAGUUUCCGGCAUUUCUGGUCGCAUUUUGCCGUCAUUCGAAGACGAACAUUCUUUAAGUUCUAUCCACGCAUGGCAUUCGUUCGGAUUGAGUGAAAUAAAUUUACUUCCGCAAGCUGAACGACACGCCAGAAUCGGUAUAUCAUUGGAACCGAAAAAUGGUUUUUCUACUCAUGCUAUGGCUCAUGUGUUUGAAAUGACGUCACGAUACGACGACGGUAUCGCGUACAUGAACGAUAAUGAAACACUAUGGAAUUUUUCGAAUCACAUUGCCGGUCACAACUAUUGGCACUGGUCCCUAUACUACCUUACUAAAGGCGAAUUCGAAUCAGCUGCAGAUGUUUUGGAUCAAAAAUUAUUGAAUCGACCAGAUUUUGGUAGAUUUGACAGCCUCACAUUGUCCUACUUGCUAGCAAUGGAAGAUUAUUCGAUAUCGGAUGUUAUGCAGAAACAUGGUGACCGAUACGAAGACAUUAUAAAACAGAACCAGGCAAAUCAUUACAGAUCAUUCAAUGACGUUCGAAUCAUGAUGGGAUUGUGUGUAAGCAAAAAAUAUGACGAGGCUGAACAGUUUAUGACUGAGUCAAAAGGAAGCGAGUGUAUUCAUGGACGAAAUGUGAACGAAAAUCUGCUGACAUCUAUUUGGUCGUACAGCAGAGAGAUGUACGAAGAUUGCGUUGAACUGUUGUGGCCGAUUCGAUACAAUAUAAAACAGAUUGGUGGUAGCGAAGCUCAACGUGAUGUAUUUAGUUUGAUGCUGAUACAUGCCUGUUUGAGAUCGAAAAAAGUGAAACACAAUCGGCUUGCUAGCCAAUUGAUUGAAGAGCGAGAAAUUCAUCGGAUGAAAUCUCCAUUAGUGGAUAGACUAAGACGUUUGCUGUGAGACUGUAAAGAAUUAUCAUGAAUAAAUCAAAAUGAAUAAAUUAAAGUAGCUCCUUAGAAUUGUUACAAACUGGAGCUACGC